CCAUCCAUUUUCCUUGAUCAAUCCCACUAUUGGAGACACGCGACAUUGCCGAUUCAAGCUGCUGAAGGGAGGAGCCAUGGCGUGGUGGGUCCUGAAUAACCUGAGGUACUCGACGAUGGUGUUGGGCGUCUCCAACGCGGCGGUGGUGAUCCUGGGCUGCUGUCUCUUGCUCAUCUCUUUUCCCUCCUGUGGCCCUCGCCAGACGCUUCCUUUCGCGGCGGUCACCUUGGCCGCUGCCGUCAGAAUCCUCGCCAUGGUUCGUACGGGGAUCGCCCAAGAAGCCACGGCCACGACCGUCCUCGAGUCUUCCCACAGCGCAGUCGUCGAUGCCGUCAUUCGCCAGGAGAGACGGAUGAGGUAUAAAAAAUGGAUUCGGUGGACCCGAUUUGCUACGGUUGUCAUGAUGGUGCAAUUCGUGGCUGCAACUUAUCUUGUGCUCAAGAUGGUUAAGUCUAUUUCCAACAAUGAAACAACGAGUGAUUGCAUCUUAGGGAUUGUCUCCAAAGCAAGCUUGUGGAAGCGAAAUAUGCUGGUUUUAUUCAUUGUCAUGGUGUGUUUUGUUGCACUACUUCAGUGUUUUACGGGCUCCGAUGUUCUGAGGUGGAGAUCAUUUUAUGCAACUGAGGACAAUGCAUGGAAGGCCCACUAUAGGGAGGUAUUUGAUCAUGGCAUGCGUGAGGCUUUAUGCUGUCUUGGACGUGUAAAAUACUUGAGUGUUAUGGAGGAAGAUGAAGUUUAUUCAGUAGCACGACUACUUGGGGAUCUUGUUGCCUAUCGUGCGUCAGGCACUGGCCACCUGGAACUUUUGGCAGGCCUAGCUUUGUUUCAGAGGAACAGUCUUUCAUCAAAACAUCAUGGAGGGCUAACGGAUGCACCUAGAGGACAAAUCGAGGAGGCCGCCACUCUUCAUAAGUUUGCUGAAGCUGCCUACACAGUAUUUGAUCUUCUGGGUCCUUUGCUUGAUUUUGGAAGAAAUCCCUUCAUCUUUCCAUGUGCAUGGCUCUACAGGCAGGGGAUCUUGACUCCCUGGUCCUGCAACAGGAGGCCAAAACUUCAUGGCGAUAAUUGGUGGCGAGGUCAUGCAGCUGCCUUCUUGAAGUAUGCUGGUCUGCCUCCUGACGCACUUCGCCAAGGCCGUGUCUGUCAGGCAAAAUGUGAGGCUGCGUAUUUCAUUGCUGUUCUCCAUCAUGCAAGGACAGUUGUAGUUGCUGUUCGUGGAACUGAGACACCUGAAGACCUCAUAACAGAUGGUUUAUGCAGAGAAUGCACCCUCUCUGCCGAAGACUUGGAUGGAUUGAUGAGUCACCCUUGCUCUGACAUCAGGCAAAGCAUCAAGACCUCUUUUCCCCAUUAUGGGCACUCUGGGAUCGUCGUGGCUGCACGAGAACUUUUUCUGCAAGUUGAAGGAAAUCCUGGAAACAAUGGAGACGAGGAGCCCAUAUUGAGGAGCCAUCUGUCCUCAUUGAUGGGUCCAGGAUGUGAGUGUGAUGGUUACAAUUUGCGGAUAGUGGGGCACUCUCUUGGAGGUGCCAUUGCUGCUAUGCUAGGCCUUCGACUGUAUCGUUGCUAUCCAAAUCUUCAUGUGUAUACAUAUGGAAGCCUUCCAUGUGUUGAUUCAGUGGUGGCAGAAGCCUGUUCAGAUUUUGUGACAAGCAUUGUAUACGACAAUGAAUUUUCUGCGCGCCUUUCAGUGGGAUCAAUCCACCGACUUCGUGCAGCUGCCAUUAUGGCACUUUCUCAAGAUUCAAAAACUGAUACAGCAUUGAUGUAUAGACUCGCCCGCCAAUUUCUAUAUCUUGGCCAGUAUCAAUCCCAGGGAAUUAGAAAACUGGCACCUGGCUCGGUAUUUAACUCUGAUCCAGUCUCAACUGGAGAAUAUGGUCGAAACGUAUGUGGGGGCCAAUAUUCUAAUAAGGAUAAAGGAAAGGACGAACGUUUCAGUGAUUUGUUCCUCUUGGGUGAGGCAGUUGUGGAAGAAGUGGUUGUUGAUGUUGAGCAUGACAAUCUCACCAGCCCUUUUAAAGAUGACAUUUCAAUUGCAAAUUCAUUUGAUGAUCCUGUGACCGAAUUUAUGGAGACUCUCCCAAAUUCUAACCAUGCUUCGGCUGAUGAUCCAAAAGAGAUGUUUCUACCAGGUCUCAUUGUCCAUAUAGUGCCAGAUAAGAGGAGCUUGCUCACUCCCAUUUGGAAAGCUUUGACAAUCAGCGAGAUGCCACAGAAAUUUAAAGCAUAUAUAUCAGACAGAGAGACAUUCAAAGAUAUUGUGGUCUCCCCUUCAAUGUUUCUUGACCAUCUUCCUUGGAGAUCAACGAAGACAUGGGUUAUUAUGUGCAUAAGCUGCAGUGCUUGCCUUCUAGACUUCUGGACAAAGCCGUGUCAUAACUCCUGUGAAGUACUUGAAUUACGAAACUUGCUAUCUGGUGUAUGCGCUAGUGAUGUGUCGGUUACCUUUUUUCUCUUGAAGAGCAUACAUGUUCUCUGGGCUGCUGCAAGGCUCAACUCCUGCUACCAGUGCCAGUUGCUUUCACAGAGGAAAACCAUCACCCGAAGUGUGAUGUAUGCUGCUAGAAUUCGUGUGCUCUCAACUUCGAUGACUAUCUUUUACGAGUUAGGGAAAUUACCAAUCUGUAAACUUGACAAAAUGUCUGGGUGUUGUCCUAUUCAUAAUCCACUCAUCAAAAUAAUAGUUGGAGGAAGUUUUCCCAACCCGAAAGGGUGGUUGCUUGUCACUUAAUUAGUAGGUUGGAGGCUAACGCCUCAAUUACACAUUGUUGAUUGAAGAAUAUUUAUAAUCUCAUUGAAUAAUAAAGCAGUUAUUACAUUUGAGGC